AUGUAUCAAGCAUGCCUUAAAGUUGGAGAUUUAUUGAGUCUCUUGGCAUAUAUAGCUUUAGCUAUUCCGAAAUAAGUCUGGUUUUAAACUAGUUUAGUUCAUUCAUUUUCUUUUAGGUUUUGGAGUCAGUGUUGGUGAGAAAAGUUGGUGCUUGAAAGUUACCUGAACCAUUAAUCUAGUCUUUAUCACAUCAAGAGGAGUAGUAGUGCCUUUCUGAGUUCCUGUUUCUCUAGAUAAGAACUAAGAACCAAUGAUGAAAAUAAGGGCAAAGCAUUCUAGAUUUAUAUCAUGGUUUAACUAAGAAUGUAAAUUUGGGGGGAUUUUUAAACCCUUGCAGUCUGUUUUUGUUAUUGUUGUGUAGCAUUUAACAACCAAUGUUCGUGAAUCUUUUCUAGUGUUUUUUUUUUUGGUUUGGUGGGUUUAAGGUGAAACUUCUGUAAAAGAAUCAAGUCAAACUAAGACAAUUAAUUUUGAAUAGACAGAAUAAUUAAAAUAAAGUCUUAAUUAUGAUUGGAAUUACAUUAAAGCAUGCUUCUUUCUUUAACAAAUCGUGAAUUUGAAUCCUUUUAUGUUGGUUUCAAAUCCGUUGUGUUGCUAAAACUGUCUACCCAUAUGAUUCAAAUGUCUCUUCUUGAUGAAUCCUAUUUGAAGUUGAGCUUUGUUCUUUGAUUUGCACUAGUCCUUUUGACCCAAAUUUUCUUCCAAAUCAGCAAAAAAGCCAGGAAUUUAGAGUCAUGUAGUUGGACAUUAAUACAUGAUAUGAGUUAAGAUAGGAGUUGUUCACCCAAGUAUCCAUGAUUUGCAUGAGGUAACUGACAAGAAUUUCUUACCUAAAUAACCUUUUCUUGAUCCUUUAGCUCAGUUAAAGUAACGAUAGGCCAAAUAUGGAUUCUGGCCCAUUAGGACUUCCUGCAGGACUUACUAAGCCAAUAUUGAGCUCCAUCU